AUGAACGAAAAAAAUUGGUCUAGACACAAUGAGUUCUGUAAAAUUAAAAAAAUUAAAUUGAGCCACAACAUCAAUAUAAAAGAUUUUUUUUGUUCUGUGAAUUCAAAAUGUGUCGUCUCAAACCAAGAAAAAAUUACUACGCUUCCAGUGUUACCUGUUCAUAAGGAUAAUGCUCAAAAUGAUGAUUUUAAUGCAAUAGUUAAUCAAAAUCAAGACCAAGAAAUCAUUGAAACUGUGGUGGGUGAUGGAAAUACAGUUAUUGCAAGUGAUAUUGCCCUUAAUACCCUUCAAAGUAAAAAGGCCAAUGAAGGUAGUGAACGUAAUACUGACAUUGAAAGACAACAAUUUAUGAAAAAUGGAACUCAAGCUACAUAUAAUUUCUCUAUUCUUGACCAAAAUAAUUAUGAUGACAUCACACCAUCUAAAUCAAUGGAUACUAAUCAACUAUUCAUGAAGACAGUAAUUGAUUUGGAAAAGUGUUAUUCGGAAGAACCAAAUAAUUUUGUUCCUGACAAUUCUUUGGCUACAACCAAGUUUCAAAAUGAUCCAUCAUUUUAUAUAGGAAAAACAAUAUCGCCUGGUUUAAAACUAACAUUAUUAGAAUUGGGUCCAUGUCAGCCAAAAGAUAUUGAUCUACCUGGAGGGAAAUUCCCACACGAUUCGUCUAUACCUUCGCGUUCAUUUUCAAUGUCAUACUAUACUAAAUUAGUAAAUGGAAAAACUGAGAAUAGAACAUGGCUUACCUAUUCACCAUCUACUGAUAAAGUAUACUGUUGGACAUGCAAACUUUUUGGUACACCGCGAGCACAAAAAGGUUUGUUUGCUAGUUCUGGUUGUAACUCAUGGGGUCACCUAUCUGGAAAUCAUGGGAGAUUAUAUAAACAUGAAACAUGUAAAGAUCAUUUAGAGGCUGAAUUAAAUCGAGUAAUGUAUAUUAAUAACAACCGUAUAGAUUUACAACUAACAAAAUCUUCUAAUACACAAGUUGCUGCAAAUAGAGAAGUUGUGAAAGUUCUCAUGGACAUUGUUGUAUGCUUAGCCAAACACAACUCAGCUUUAAGAGGACAUUUAGAAUCAGCAAAUGAUAAUAUUCAAGGACAAUUUCUUGAUUGGGUUAACCUAUUUUCAAAAUACCAUCCAGUUUUACGUGCACACCUAGACCGUAUACAAUCAUCAUCUAAGAAAACGAGACUGUCUUUUAUGUCUAAAGGGUCACAAAAUGCAAUGCUUGAAUGUAUAGCAGAAACCAUUCGUAAGAAAAUACUUAAUGAAGUAAAGUUAUCAGGUAUGUAUUCAUUAAUUUUAGAUUCUACUACUGAUGUAUCAAAGCUAGAUCAAUUCGCUUUUGUAUUACGUUAUUGUACUACUGAUGGUAUCAUCCAUGAAAGAUUAAUGUGUGUUGACGAAACUGUGGAUUCUACCGGUAAUGGUAUGUUUCAAUUAUUUAGUAAAAUAUGUGACAACCAUGCGCUAAAUUGGAAAAAAGAAUUAGUCGGCCAAGCAUACGAUGGUGCUUCCAACAUGCAAGGUGCAAUAAAAGGUUUACGUACAAUAAUUCAGAAUCAUAAUCCUAAUGCUCUGCAUGUAUGGUGUUUUGCGCAUUGCUUAAAUUUAGCAGUAUGUGAUGCAUGUGAAGCAACUGCUGAAGUUCAAGAUUUCUUUGGAACAGUCAGAAGUUUAGUAAAUUUUCUUAGUGCAAGAAAACGCACAGCCAAAUAUGUUGAGUUACAAAAAUCUAUCUACCCUAAAGAGCGUAUUCGAAGGUUAAAACACUUCAAAUACAAGAUGGACUUACCAUGA